ACAACUGAGGUACCUACGACACUACCGCCGACAACGUCAGUGACAACUGAGUUACCUACCACACUACCUUCGACAACGUCAUUAACAACUGAGGAACCUACGACACUACGAAUAACAACUGAGGAACAUACAACACUAUCGCCGACAACGUUAGUGACAACUGAGGCUUGUCCUGAAUCUCAAGUUAAAUGCGGUGACUCAGACAUGUGUAUCGAUGAGACAUUUCUGUGUGAUAUGCUCUACCCGGAUUGUGACAACCUCUAUGAUGAAUCAGCUGACACAUGCAAUGUCACGUGCCCGCCCACACUCUUUAGAUGUCCAUUUGGCCCAUGUACAUAUGAUGACUUUAUAUGCGACGACUACCCGUACGAUUGUCUUGAUAACUAUGACGAAUCUCCAGAACUCUGUGAAGGAAAGUGUCCAGUACCCGACUCACCAGAAAAUGGUAAUCUAAUCGAGUCAUUUGCCUAUAAAUUCUAUCGAAACGGAACGACUGUGUACUUUGUUUGUGACGAUGGAUACACUUUGCAGGGAUCCACGUCAAGUACCUGCUUUAACGGAACAUUUUUGGACAUUCCGACCUGCCAUGAAAACUGCAUUUUGCCAACUCCUCCUGGGCAUGGAUAUGUAUCGGGAUUGACCCUUCAUGGGGAAACCAUAAUUUUCAGUUGUGAAGAUGGAUUCAGACCAGAUGAAAAUAGUACUCUGACUGCGUUAUGUGUGGAUGGACAGUACACAAUAAGUACAAUCAUGUGCAGAGAUAUACCUGAAUGUAUGGAAAAACGUGACGAUUGUUCCGUCAAUGCUAUCUGUAUGAACACGCUAGGCUCAUAUACAUGUAAUUGUAACUCUGGAUAUGAAGGCAAUGGGACUUCAUGCGAAGAUAUUGACGAGUGCGCAGGUGAUAUGCACACAUGUGCUCCGUUUCCUUCAGCGUCAUGCACAAACACAAUAGGAUCAUACUUAUGUUCCUGUAACGAGGGAUAUCGAGGAGAUGGACAGAUAUGUAUCGAAAUCGUGUUAUUUCUGUUUGGUGUCGAACACGGAGACAAAAGUCUUGUUGAGGAAGUUGGUUAUGGUCGUGACGUCAUUUCACCAAACAUCGAACCACUCAUCGGUUUUCCGUUUGGAAGCACAUUCUAUUAUAGAAUUUAU